AUGCGAUUGGUGCAUGGGGGCGAUGACCUCUACGAAUCCACCAAUCAGCGGCGCCGCGAAUACUCGCUGAGGUCGACGGUGCGUGCGCAGGCUCAGGCUGACGAGGCCAAGGCCGCCUCGUCGAGAGGAGCGUUCGCGAGCACGAAUCACCAUAUGGCUUCCGACACCUUUUGCUGGAAUAAUCGUCACGCUGAAUUUACGGCGUGAGUAUGAUAAGCCUUCUGGAUCAGUUCUAGUAGUAGGGAGUUGCCACAUUUACCUAGGAAUCUAUAGGACUAACUAACUAACUAAGAAAUACUCAGAUAUAAAAUAUGGAAAAUUUCAGGGUUUGAGAGUACUGCAGUCAACAACAUUUUAGAAACGGUAAGGGUCAGCUAUAUGCGCGGGGUAAGGGAAGACCACGGAGAACUGCCUACAAUAUUUUUUUAAAGUAGGUGUUGUCCGGUAGAGUUUUUGGUCUGCCCUUCGUCGGCAGGAUGACAUUCGCUAACCUGUACCGUCCCGAAGAGUCAGUGCUGUUGAAAUGUCUACACUGUCGUUUUUUGAUUUCCACAGAAAUUAUCUACGAAGUUGGAGUAGAUCAAUUUAUUCAAGGUCUAUAGGCUCAGACCGAGAAUUUUAUGUAUGAAUACUUGGGCCAAAGUCCAUCAGCCACAGCGAGUAAUCGCGUAAUAUUCAUUAACUGCCGACAGGCAGCUAGUAGUAUACUUUAGAGUAAGGUGAUACCAUACUAACAGCACAGGUACAAGCCAAAAGCUCGUACACGCGUGUUUCGCCGAUAUUCUGCCGCUGCAUGGGUACAGCUGCGAGGGGUUCGGUUCGUCAGUGGGUUCUUCAGCAUUCCCUGUGUGUUUUCUGGUAGGUACUCCAAUUUAGAAAUUGUCGCUUUUAAUUUCCUCAGCAAUUAUCUACGAAGUUGGAGUAGGUCAGUUUAUUCAAGGUCUAUAGGCCCAGACCGAGACCAGUUCUAAAUUGGAGUAUCUACCAGAAAACACACGGGAAUUCUGGGGGACCCACUGAUGAUCCGAAAAAAAUCUUCGAUAUAUUGUUAGAUGGAUUGCAUACGUUUUCUAGUAAUGCAGGAGUGUUAAAACGCUGGUGAAUUUCUUAAACAACAGUUAGCAUUUUCUUGCCCUGAUCAUAUACUUAAUCCUUGCCUCAAAAACUUGGCUUUUUGAUCAGAUAUAGAGUUUGGUCGAUCUGCAAGUAAGCAGAAGCCAGAAUGAAGCGACAUGUCAUAAGCCGACUACUCCGAAUUGUGUGGAGCUUUUAUAAAGACAAAUGAUGUAGAAUUUAGCCGGUUAGUCCUGACGGCGGAUGCGUGAGUGAGGCUUUGCAUAAGGUCAUUAAAAAAACUUAGUGUCGACACCCUAAUUGUUGCAUUUGUCUAGCCAGCGGCUAAUGGGGAAGGCUACACUCGUAAAUCGUCAUGAAGUUUUGAUUAAUGUUAGCGAGAAGUACUUUCGCGAGUCACGCCCUUCCAGGCACUUUGCAAGAGUAGCGUAGGCAGUGUUUUAUAUGGUCGACAUCCUCGUGCAGCUGGCAGCGCACGUUCUAGCUGUAAACACACACGACCUAACUUGCCUGUUUUUGAUAGUAAUAGUGAUCAGUGCCACCGUUACUUAGCUGAGCAUGUAGGCUCGCCCCCCCCCGCCUCCCCCCAGGGUUAGAGUAAUAACUGACCACUGAAAACUUCCGUUCCUUCACACCAAUAGUCUGCCUGGCCCAUAACAAUUUAAUUAAACAGUUUGAUCACGGGCGAUUGCACAACAAUGUGCUAUCAGUAAUUAAAAUCGGCAAGGAUUAAUUAUACGGGGGGGGGGGGGUGGGGGAGGUAAGAAAGUGCUAACUGUUGUUUAACGAAAUUUACCAUUUUAACGCUCCUGCUUUGCUGGCCGACAUAUGCAUUAUUUUGAGCACUUUUUACUACCUGACUGCUCUCCGCCCGAGUUUUUUUUCAAAUUGAGCUUUUCCUUACUAAAAAUUAUGUUUAAGGUUUGCCGAACAAUGAUCAAAUGCAGACAUUUAAGCAGCACCGGCUCCUCGGGGUGGUGUAGGUAGGCGAAUGCCAUUCUGCCGACGAAGGGCCAGUCAAAGAGUCUGCAGAACAACGCCUUCUUUGAAGAACAUAGUGGGCAGUUCUCCACAGUUUUUCCGGCCAGAUGUAGUUAUGUAGCCCCACCUGAAGUAAUGAUCCAGCUACCUCAGGGUGUCGGCUUUCGAAUUAACUUAUUUUCGACUGCAUGUAAGAACUAUACUCUGCAAAAAAUGACUACUUACGUAGCAUGCAAUCUUCUCAUUAAUUUUCGAUGUCCUUAAAGAUUUAAGUAUAUUCCAUGGAAAACAUGCAUAAAAAUAGUCUUUUACUUAUUCGAUAGAAAAUCACAUCUUCUUCCAAUUUUAUGCUUGAAAGAAGAGUAUAAUUCGGUUUUCAAAACUUUAUAAUUCCAGAAUAAUUUUGAACCCAACUUGCUGUUACACUUGCAUUCAAGGCUUGAAAACGACAAGCCGCAUAUUUUCCGUGUACGGAAAACCAUGCAUUUCUCUACGGUAUUAAGAGGAGACCAUAUGGGGUUCAUAAAAUAACACAGUGAAUUUGAGCAACAUUGUUAACUUUAGAAGCCACAUUUGUAAAUGCAGCUACAUGACGUUUUAUGAACGGCCAUUUCACGGUAUUAAAAAAUCUCACAAUUAGAAACUUUCUAAAAACCGAAUUAUACCCUUUUUUCGAGUAUGAAAUCGGAAGAAGACGUGAUUUUCGAUGCUGGGACCGGAAAUACAAACAUGCGCCCAGACGCAUCUGGCGUAGCUGGUCCACCACUGGGGUCUACCAGAUGGGUCAUAUGCACUUAAUCGAAUCGAAGUUUAUCAGUGCCUCGCCAUCUGCCAGUCUCUGUCGCUGCAUAUAGGGUAUUUAUUCACUCAGGAAUGGGCGCACACCGAUCCAUUGGCUUCCCGAAGCAAAAAAUAACCGGGUUUUCCUGCUAUUUGAAAACCUUCCGCGUCACAACUCUUGGCGCUUUGUGUUUGAUUCAAGGACGUCAGGUUCACUGUUGACAGGAAUGUGCUAAUUUGCCGUGGGGAUGGUUUCUCCAGCGCCGACCUCUAUCUCCCCUCUCAAAUACACUAGAUGACUCUUCGAGAGCCUGUCAGCAAUCUGGUGCUGAGAUUUGUGCGCUGGAAGGCGUGGCGUACGAUCUACGUCUAAGGCGUGCAACGCGCGUGUUCAGUGGCACUUAUUGUCUCGAACGGGCUCCGCGCAACCCCGUAAACGCACACAGUGAGUCAGACCGUCUCGCGUUUUACUUCAGCACAUCUACAUAACAGUCCUGCAUACUAACAGUGAAGCGAGCAGGUUCACCCGAAAACAACAAAAUUUAUGCAUGAGAGAGCAGCAAACCACUUAGGCCUGUGUUGAAAGCAGGGUUACUUCAUCCGAUUUUCUUUUCCUUCAUGUCAAGGAAGCACUGCAGUCCCGGCAAGAUACCUGAGCCUGAUGAGAACAUGCUGCAUGACUUCACGCAGGAUGACUUGAUGCAGAAGCCAAGCAUACGUGAGAAGGUCUCGAAAAGCAAUUCCUACUGGUUUGGAGACUGGCUCAACCUUUUUCUCUACCUCUACAACAUCUGCUACUGUCUACGCGGCGAGGUAAGAUCACUGGCCGAGUUCUCUCAGUAUACCUGUUAGCAACAAUGCAAACCUCCAGCAGUUACACCUAAACGGGGCAAAUUUUACGUUUUUAACGUUGGCUAAAUGUGUAUUCGUGAUGGCAGGACUACAUUGUGCUUAGUCAGCCGUUUGACAGGAGACUUCUAACCAGUCAGAGUACUUAGGGAAUAAGAGAUGUUGGCAACGGUAUAAAGAAGGACCCCACUUAACUGUCAGUAGACUGUGGAUCGUGCCAUACGUGAUUGAUAGUAAAGGGAGUUUAAUGGGUGGGUCAGCAAGCUAGACAGUAAGCUGCCAAAAGUCUUAUCCUACGCUAUUAUACGACAAUGGAAAUGGAAGUAGUAAGUAAACAAUCAACAAAAAAAUAAAUUUCACAAAUUAACGGAUUUGAGUUAGGUGUUCGGUCGUGGGAAAUAGUUGUUGUUGGCGGUGUGAUUUCUGCAACAGCCUGCAAAUGUAUGCCAAGCUAAAACCUCAUAUAACACGAUCCACGGUCUACUGACAGUUAAUUGGGGCCCUUCUCUAUACCGUUGCCGGGAUGUUUAACAGAGAACAGCUAUCGUAGAGGGGCGCGCACCAAUUGCGUUACGGAACUCACUCAGCCCGUUGUGCCUUGGGGCUCCCUCCCUCUCUCUCGAGCCCCGCUAGCAGCCACACAGCGGCGCGUAAUAUAGGCAGAACGACCUUACCGACAUUCCGAUCUCCCUUGCCCUUGUCGGUAAUGUCAUUCUGCCUAUAUUAGACGCGGAAGUGUUUUCUUUCUAGGUCUGGUCGUCGCCACAGGCUGAAAAAUGCCUCACAAAGACCCAGAAAGUGUCUGAACUGAGCUGACUGCCCAAGCAGGAUUUUCUAAGUAAUACAUCUAGAAUCCACCAGAUGACUACCAAGCUCACGUAUUCAGAGGUGUUUCGGUAGGUUUCAAAUAAUUCACUUUGAACCAACUGUGAAAAACUCGGGGCCUCGCUGGGAUUCGAACCCACGACAGCAAGGGGAGGCUUUAGUAUAGCCAACGCUCUAACCAUCUGAGCUGCGAGGCCCCACCGGACGACGCGAGUUUAAUCACAUCUGGGUCAAUUUUACCCGCCCGACCUACUGAGACGUCUGAAAUCCACCAAAUUUGAUACAGUAAGUUGACUAUCCAAGCGUGAUUUCCUAAGUAAUACACCUAGAUUCCACCGGGUGACUACUGGGCUCACGUAAUUCAGAGGUGUUUCGGUCAGCUUACUGUAUCAGAUUUGGCGGAUUCCAGAUGUCUGAACUAACUUAGACCUCUAUUUCGUGCUCAUUUGCCUCUAAAUGCCACUUAAGUCGUCUCUCCAACUUAAGGUCAUGGUUAAGAAUAUCGGUUGCCACGGCACUGCCAGGGCAGCUGAGGACCCGCUGUACGGGGAAAUCGCCGGCAGUCAAAAGGCGAUUCAAUAG